AUGGCAUCUACUGCUGAUAUCGUCACAGCGUCAAGCUCGAUACUUCUUCGCUUCUUCGUCUACGUCUUCUUGCGAUGGAUACCUUCGAGCAUCUGUCCGCCCGCUGUAGCGACCUCCUUAGCCGUCUACAUCGUGUCGUUCUUCUAUAGCUUCCAGGAGACAUCGCCGUACAAGGUCGUUUCGGACGAGAUCGAUGUGAUUGUGAAGGAAACAGUUGCGCAGGAUGACGAUGAUGAGGCCGAACUGGUCGAGGGCGCGGAAGAUGGGCCCUUGGAGGAGCUCGACGUCGAAGAGACGCUCGUAGUUGAAGACAAAGGGCCGCAGGUCCUCAAGACGCUCCUCACAGGACUCCCAAGCCCCACCUCGGCAUUAUGGAGUUGGAUCACUUUCGCCAUCAACAUUGCCCUUGUAGGCAUGAUGUUGGACCUGAUAUUCCGCGCACGCCUGCUGCACCCUGCGCACGAUCUGUCUUUUGCGAGGGUGGGAUAUGUCUCGGACAGGAGCGCGAAAAUUCUGGUGCGGGAACCAAGCCUGAACCAGUUGCCGCUGUUUGUCUCUUACCGCUAUGCGGACCCUCCCCUGUCGCUCAGCUCUGGCCAUCGCCAGCAGGACACCGCUUGGAAGCAUGCCCAAAACAUCAAUUGGCUUACUGAGGAGACUGAUUUUACUGCAGCGGUGGAGAUAACUCAACUCAAGCCCGACACCAAAUACCAAUACGCCGUUUCUAACAACCAACGUGGUUAUUUUAUCACGGCCCCACCACCUGGUCGCAUCUCUACUCGUGCGCAACAUGAGGGCAAAUACACCUUCCUGCAUUCGAGCUGCAUCAAGCCUCGUGUUCCCUACAACCCCUUCCAGGACCCACUCAGUAUCCCCGGCUUCAACCAUCUUGCAAAGUGGAUUGAUAAAUUGGGCGCUCAUUUCAUGCUGUUCCUUGGCGACUUCAUUUACGUGGAUGUGCCUGUCCGCCACGGCAGAGACCAGGAGGACUACCGCCGUGAGUAUCGUCAGGUCUACGCUGCGCCCGAGUGGCCGUCAGUCUCGGAGAACCUGCCCUGGAUCCACGUGCUCGACGAUCACGAAAUCCAGAACGAUUGGGAUCAGAACACUACCGGUGUUUUCGAAGCAGCGUACGAACCUUGGAGACACUACCAAGUGGCAGCAAAUCCACCUGCUGUGAGAACAGGCGACACGUAUUUCCAGUUCACUCAAGGUCCUGCGUCAUUCUUCCUGAUGGACACGCGCCGCUACAGGAACCCGGAGCGUGAAAAGGACACAUGGGACGAGAGUAAGACCAUGCUCGGCCCUGAGCAACUGAAUGAUCUCCUCGAAUUCCUCAAAGAGCCAGCCAAGCCAGGUAUUCGCUGGAAGGUCGUCGUUUCGAGCAUUCCGUUCACCAAGAACUGGCGACACGGACCCUCGAAACUGGACACCUGGGGCGGUUAUCUGGCCGAACGUAAGAAGAUCCUAGAAGCGAUGUGGGACGUGGGGCUCGCGGGCGGAGUUGGCAUCAUCGUCCUCAGCGGCGACAGGCACGAGUUCGCCGCGACCAGUUUCCCGCCGCCCAAGGACAGCAAAUGGCCGCUGAGCGCGACGGUGCACGAGUUCAGCACCAGCCCGCUGAGCAUGUUCUACCUGCCGGUGCGGACCUACGCGGGGGACGAUGAGGACGUCUGCAUCAAUUCUUUCUUCCUCCUUUCCUCGACCAGCGAAAUCACAAGAUGCAUGCAGUACAUCCCAGACGGCAACUCCAAGUUCGGCGCCAUUGAGAUCACGAGCCCCGCGGCGAGCGAGCAGAGCAUGCUCACGUACCGGCUGUUUGUCGACGGCGACGAGGCUUGGAGCUACACGCUGACGACGCCGCCGAACGUGCACGGGGGCGCGAGGGGCAAGGACGCCAUGUGGGGUUAG